GCUUUCCUCUCUCUCUCUCCCUCCAUUUUGAUUCUCUCUCCACUUCUCUCUCUCUCUCUCUCUGCGCUUCUCGUCCAUAGGAAGCGUAGGGGGUCCGAUUGGCCGGGGGGUGCUCCGCAGAGAGAGGAGAGAGACGGGUACAACUCGCGUAUCACCACAUCGCAUCUCUCUUUCUCUCUCUCCCUCUCUCUCUAGAUCUCGAGCUCUACCUCCUCGAGUUCUUACGCCAUCGUCAGAACAAUCUGAUAGUCUUUAUUGAGAUGGCUGCAACUGCAACCAUGUCGUCUUCUGGUCCUCGCUAUGCUCCAGAAGAUCCCACUCUUCCCAAGCCCUGGAGAGGGCUUGUUGAUGGGAAAACGGGUUAUCUCUACUUUUGGAAUCCGGAGACUAACGUUACUCAGUAUGAGAGGCCCACUGGCACUUCGUCUUCGGCUCAUAUCAGCUCUUCUGUUCAAGUUCGACAGCCAUCGCCUGGUCAGCAGCGAGGUUAUAAUCCUGAUAGGGAAGAUGAUCGAUAUGGCCGAGGAAACAAUGGUGGGUCAAGGGGCAUUCAGAGUGCAGUUGGUGGGACAGUUAGCUUGCAAAAUGGUCCAAAGGGAACAGUUGGUCUUGGGCAUGUAGCACCUUCUGUGAAAGAACAGGGUCCUUUAAGCACCGGGAGUAGUUUAUCUGCUGAUGCUUAUCGGCGUCAUCAUGAAAUCACUGUUUCUGGAGCUGACGUGCCUCCACCGUUGAUAUCAUUUGAAGCUACAGGAUUCCCUUCAGAGAUUCUCAGGGAAGUACACAUUGCUGGGUUUUCUGCUCCAACCCCAAUUCAGGCACAGUCAUGGCCUAUUGCACUCCAAAGUCGAGAUAUUGUGGCCAUUGCUAAAACUGGUUCCGGGAAGACGCUGGGAUAUCUACUACCAGGCUUCAUCCAUAUCAAGCGAUGCCGUAAUAAUUCUCGUAUGGGUCCAACUGUGCUGGUACUGUCACCCACGAGGGAGUUGGCGACGCAGAUACAAGACGAAGCUGUCAAGUUUGCUAAAUCAUCAAAAAUUUCCUGUGUGUGUCUCUACGGAGGAGCACCAAAAGCUCCCCAGUUGCGGGAUAUAGACAGAGGAGCUGACAUUGUGGUUGCCACUCCUGGACGUUUGAAUGAUAUCCUCGAGAUGAAGAGAAUCAGCCUCAGUCAAGUUUCGUACCUUGUGCUGGACGAGGCAGAUCGAAUGCUGGACAUGGGUUUCGAACCUCAGAUAAGAAAGAUUGUGAGGGAUGUGCCUGCUCGCCGCCAGACUCUCAUGUAUACUGCUACGUGGCCAAAGGAGGUUCGUAAAAUUGCAGCAGAUCUGCUGGUUAAUCCUGUGCAGGUUAAUAUUGGAAAUGUGGAUGAGCUUGUUGCAAACAAGUCUAUCACACAGCAUGUGGAACUCCUGGCUCCCAUGGAGAAGCACAGACGAUUGGAGCAGAUACUUCGCUCUCAAGAGCCAGGGUCAAAAAUAAUUAUCUUCUGUUCUACUAAGAAAAUGUGUGAUCAGCUUGCCCGUAACCUCUCCCGCCAGUUUGGAGCUGCUGCAAUACAUGGAGACAAGUCUCAGAGCGAGAGGGAUUUUGUGCUGAAUCAGUUUCGGACUGGAAGAUCUCCAAUUUUGGUAGCAACUGAUGUAGCAGCCCGUGGAUUGGAUAUCAAAGAUAUCAGGGUGGUUAUCAAUUAUGACUUCCCUACUGGUGUGGAGGAUUAUGUUCAUCGGAUUGGAAGAACUGGAAGAGCAGGAGCUAGCGGAUUAGCGCAUACGUUUUUUGGUGAACAGGAUGCAAAAUACGCAGCAGAACUCAUCAAAGUUCUUGAGGGGGCAAACCAGCGAGUCCCACCAGAAAUUCGUAAUAUGGCUUCUCGUGGUGGUGGAAUGGGAAGGUUUAGACGCUGGGGCUCUGAUUCUGGUGGUAGAGAUGGAGGCCGAGGGGGACGUGGUGAUUCUGGUUAUGGUGGAAGAGAUGGUGGAAGGGUAGGUUGGUCAUUUUCUGCUUCUGCUUCCAGCAAGCCGGACAAAGGUGGCGGUCGUGGCUAUGGUUCUGAGUCACGUGAUAGGUUUAGUAGUGGCCAUGAUGGAUAUGAGAGAGCUAGAAGUCGGAGUCCCAAGGGAUCAGGUGGCUGGGUUGAUCGUGCUAGUAACUGGAGUCGUGACCGCAGCCGUAGCCCUGAUAGGUCUGAGCAUAACAGGGCUCGUUCCCCAGUUCGCAGCUUCCACCAAGCCAUGAUGGAGAGAAGCCAAUCUCAUCGCCCAGGUGCAUCUCAGAGUCCGCGAUGUCCAAGGUCUCCUUCGCCCCGUGGGAAGGAUAAAGAGAGAGGGAAUUUUGGGGGGUCGCAUGGUGAUGCUCCAUCAAAAUGGGAUGGAGGAUAUGGCGGUGGGUCCCGCUCUUCUUACCUUGGGGAAGAAGAGGAAGGCAUGAUUCCUGCUGACGGAGGCAGAUAAGUAGUGGGGUGCAGGUGAAGAUCCCCUCAUUUUUUUGAGGUCGGGCCCCUUCUUUUUUUAGUUUGUUUAGCAAGUUAUUGGAACUGGAAAUAGGGGAAGCUCUAAAGAUAAACUCGGUUUUCCCUUAGAAUUACAGGAUCUAAGAUGCUUGACCCGUGAUCUCCUAGAACUGGUUUUCUUUGCGAAGCUUUGCGGUGGACGGAACGAAUUUUUGUGAAUGCUGCAGUGAAGUUACCUGCAGGGGGGAUUCUAAUGUGAAAUGUGCAACUGGAUUAUGGCAAACGAAGUAUGUCUCUAGAAA